GGCUAUCAACAUGCUUUAUCGGUCAACCCCGAUGACUACCGGAAGAUCUCCUGUUGCACAACCGCCAAGGAAAUGUUGGACAAGCUUGAAGUGACGUACGAAGGUACCGAUCAAGUUCAUGAAGCCAAGAUCGACUUUCUCACCCAAGAAUACGAAAUGUUCCGAAUGAAAGAAGGUGAGAAAAUCGAUGACAUGUUCGACCGUUUCUCAAAAAUAAUCAACGAUCUUCACGCCUUGAAGAAAAGCUACUCCAACAAGGAUCUAGUGAGGAAGAUCCUUCGAAGCUUAACUCCCGAAUGGCGCUCCAAGGCCGAUACCAUUUACGAGUCAAUUAGAGUUUCCAACGUCACAAUUGAUGGAUUAAGAGGUAAUCUCAAAACUUACGAAUCUACCAUUCUUAAUCCAUCAUUGGACGAACAGAAGAAAAAGGGGAUAGCUCUCAAAGCCACCAAGGAACCGGUGGAAGAGGUUUCUAGCGAUGACGACAACGAAUUUGGACUCGUCAUCAAGAAGUUUCACAAGUUCAUGAAGAAGGAAUUUGAGCGGAAGGGAAGGAAGCACGACAGUCCUCCCAAGUGCUACGGUUGUGGCGAGAUUGGCCACAUCAAGCCAAGGUGUCCGAAAGCCAAGCACGGCAAGGACAAGUCCGGCUUCAAGAAGCAAAGGGCUUACAUCUCUUGGGGUGGCGAUUCCGGUGACGAAUCAACCGACCAAGAGGAGGAUGAAGCUGCAAAUCUUUGCCUCAUGGCGCACGAAGAUCAAAACGACGACGUCUAAGAGAGUAGCUCUGUAACGCCACGACCCGGAUACCCGAAUUUAUUCAAAUAUCCGACUCGCGGUGUUAAUGGGUGUAACCUUUUUGAAUCGGAAAAUGGAGCAUUAAACAAAACUUAUUUAUUUAUUGAUAAUAUCAGAGUAACUAUUAUACAUGCGGAAGCUUAACAUAUUCGUACAAAAUAUUCAUUUCAAAAUAACAUAUUUAUUAUUAUCAUUUUUCUUUAUAUCAUCUCGUCCAUCCUUCCAUCGGCUUAGCAUCGUCCUCCAGUUCGGUCACUAUUCUGUUUGUGUACCUAAAAAAAAUGGAGCCAACCCGAUCAGCAAAAGCUGAGUGGUACCAAUUAUAACAAUAGGUACAAAAUAUAAUAGCGUAAACAUAUACUUUUCUCAAAAUUCUUUACUUUGAUAAUAUCAAAUCAUUUCUGUUUCAGUUUUCCAUAAAGGUGCAAUAUUCACAUAUUUGAACUUUUUCUUUACUCUGCUUUAUUCUUGUUUAGCUGGGACUUCAAGUACAAGACAAGUCCAUUAUGUAACUGGGACUCCGAGUACUUAACGUACCCGACUAGUCCAUUAUGACGGGCUCGUACGUACGGCAAUGGAGGGGUACUGGUUAACCCUGUGGAACUUUGUGAACCAUAGUUCACAUACCAGAAAUCGUUUAUUAAAUUUAGAAAAUAUAAUUUGUAUCUGUAUGUGUCUCAUUAAAAUCCAUAUUUCAAAUUCAACUCAUAUUAUACUUUUAUAUAAAUAAUUAAUACGCAAAUCU